GAGAGGAGAGAGGAGACACACGGGCUGAUGCUGACACGGCUGCUGCUACUUGUACCACUGAAGCUGAAGCUGCUGAUCACAUCUGAACCCUCAUCUGUAAGACUCAGCAGGAGCUUUGCAGUUCCUCUUCUGAGCGGUGCUUGUUUGUGACGUCUGUGUGUGAAUGGGACGCCUGAGAGAGAUGCCAGCCAAGGAGUGACUGAUGAGAACCAGCGCUCCAGUGUGGAGGGUGACCCCCUGUGUCCGUAGCACCACUACUCGGGGAGAAUUGGACGCCUGGCGUUUUCACGACGACUAUAAUGGGCUGCAAUCUGUGCACUUUACAGAAGCGAGAGGAACACUACAAGCUGCUGUAUGAGAUUGCCCAGGUGAAUGGUAAGGAGUUGUCCAAGUCGAGCCAUGAGGAGACCGUGGAGGCCUUUCGCGCUGCCAAGGACCCCGUCGUGGUGCAGGUCAUCAGGCGGACCCCAAGCGGCCGGCCCCAUGGCUCCCCUCAGGAAAUCCGUGUGGUGGAUGUGUGCACUCAGACAGACAUCACCUUUGAACACAUCAUGGCGCUGGCAAAGCUCCGGCCUUCAACCCCUCCUGUGCCUGACGUGUGUCCCUUCCUGCUCUCUGACAGCUGUCACUCUCUUCAUACAAUGGAGCAGGAAUACUAUGAUGGCACAGGCUACCUCUCGCCUGUUCCAGCUGAUGGAGAGAGGGCAGAGGAGUUUGAGUAUGAGGAAGUGGAAUUGUGUCGACUCAGCAGCCAAGAGAAACUGGGUCUAACUCUGUGCUACAGGACAGAUGAAGAGGAGGAUGUGGCCAUCUAUGUCAGUGAGAUCAGUCCAAACAGCAUCGCAGCCAGAGACGGGCGGAUCCGAGAGGGGGAUCGCAUCUUACAGAUUAAUGGCCAAGACGUACAAGACAGAGAGGAAGCCAUGGCUGCGCUCUCCAACGACGAGUGCAGGAACAUCCUGCUGCUGGUUGCCAGACCUGAAUUGCAGCUGGAGGAGGACUGGUUGGACGAUGAGCACAGUGAGUUCCUGGAGCAGCUGAAGAUGGAAAUGUUGGAGGAGCAGCAGAGAGAGGAGAUGGAAUUGGCUGCCUUACAAGAAGAGGAUCAGGAGAAUGAGCAGAGAGAAGAAGACGAUGAGCCUACCUGCUCCACACUGCCUCAUAAGGAUAAUGUACAGAGAAUAAAGGACAGAAUGGAGAGCUCAGAGCAUAAUGUCCUGGCACACAUCCAGAGACGUCUGUCCAAGUGCCUGAGAGACAAUGGGGACACACACCGUACCGGCUCCUCAAAACUGGAGGACAAAGAGGAAGAGGAAGAUGACGAGAUGGAGGGUGAUCGUUUCCAGCAGCUCUUGGAGCUGAAGUGUCAGAUACGCAACAGGGAGUACGACCUGUUCUACAGCCGCCGCAGCACUAUUGAGUGCAGCGUGGGCGAGCAGGGCGGCAUGCAGCACGAGUUGCGGAUGCUCAAUGAAGAGCUGCGCAGCAUUGAACUUGAAUGUCAAAACAUCAUGCAGGCCCAUAACCUUCGAAAGGGACAGCAAUCUCCUUCCACGGGCCCCUGUGCACCCUCAACCAAAAACCAAAGCCUCAAUCGAAGUGACCCCACCAGGGGUAAGCUGGCGGACAUUAAUGAAAGGCUGGAGAAAUCUGACAAAGACAGCUCCAGUGCCUAUAACACAGCUGAGAGUUCACGGAGCACCCCUCUAGCAAUGGACCGCUCCCCGGAGCACUCACUCCAGAGGAUGGUGAGUCUCACCAACCAGAGGAACCUCUGCAGCAGCCUUGCCACUGGCCCUUCACUUAGCCCAAGUCCAGUCCCAGCAUGUCAUGCUCCAGUCCCAGGUAAGAGCAGCAGCCCGGACCACAGCAACCCUGCAAAGCACACACCUCAGGCUGAGGAGGAGAGCAAGGGCGUUUUAAAGCCAAGUGCUUCCCAGAUCCCUUACUUCUCUCCGUCCCACAGCUCCCAGCAGAGGCAGGUCAACAUCCCAGCUCACGCCCGCCACUACCAGAGCUAUAUGCAACUGAUCCAGCAGCGCUCGGCUGUGGAGUACGCUCAGAGCCAGCUCAGCCUGCUCAGUGUCUGCAAAGAGCCUCAGAGGCCAAUUAAUGAGCCCAAGAUGGAGUGGAAGGUCAAGAUCCGCAGCGACGGCACACGCUACAUCACCAAGAGGCCUGUAAGAGAUAAGAUCCUGAGGGAGCGAGCCCUCAAGAUUAAAGAGGAGCGUAGCGGGGGAAUGACCACGGAUGAUGAUGCAAUGAGUGAAAUGAAGAUGGGGAGGUACUGGAGUAAAGAGGAAAGGAAGCAGCACCUGGUCAGAGCAAAAGAACAGAGGAAAAGACGAGAGUUUAUGCAGCGUAGUCGCCUGGAAAGCUUGAAAGAGAACCCUCAGAGCAGCAGCGAGGGUCGCAAGGAAGUCAGCAUCAUAGAACUCAGCCACAAGAAGAUGAUGAAGAAACGCAACAAGAAGAUUCUGGAUAACUGGAUGACCAUCCAGGAACUGAUGACUCAUGGUACUAAGGCCCCCGAGGGAGCCAAGGUGCACAACGCCUUCCUUUCAGUCACAACUGUAUAAAGAAAGAUAACACACACAUUCUACCCCAUGCGGUAUGUGAUACUUGCCUCGUUCAAUGUGGCGUUUUUAUGAGGACAUUAUGAAUAUUUUUCACACUUUGUAACCCAAAAAGCAUUUUGUAAAGAUUUUAUCACAGCAUUUUCUCCAUGAUUUUCAACAUCAUUUUUUCACAUCACUCUGUGGGAAAAGCAUUUUUCUAUGAAAUGAUGAUAAUUAUUUUAUUACUCAGUCAAAACAUGUUUAUCUUUUCAAUUCUAUUUUCAUAUUUAUGUUAAGACCAUACCAUUAUAUAACUCAAAAUAGUUGUAUGAACAUCCUAAGAAAAGUGUAGUAUUUUUCUUGUGUCAUGAACACGUUCCAGGUACAAAGUGAAACAGUUGGGUCUGCAGCCUUUCUCUUGUUUUCUUAAUGUUCCUUCAUUGUCAGAUGUACUUAUCUUUCAAAGCUGAAAUUUAUCACUUUCUCUAUGUUGUUGAGAAGGAGUUAAUAUUAUCUGUGUAUUGAUUUCCAAAAAAGUUCAGUUAAAACGAUGAAGAACACAUCACAAGAGCUUCUAAGUAUGUUUACAAAAAUGAGGCUCUUAAUCCAAGAGUACUGUAAAACUUGAUCCUACUAAAAUACUAACAGAAUUACGAGUGCUCAAUUCCUCAAACUAAUUUGAAACAGAUUGAAAAAUAUGUUUCACAUGAUAAUGCCAUAUCUAUUCAUCAGGGCAAAGAAUUAGUGUGGUUUCUGUGUACUUAAACAUUGUACAUUUUAAAAAUGAGUCAACAAAUUACCUUUCAUAAUAUAAUUUUUUAUUAUUAGCAAUUUUAUAAAAACUUUGAAUAGGUCAAUACCUCAUGAUGCAUUCAAACUCUUGAUAUUACGUUUCCAUAAUUGGUUAACUUGAUCUGAUUCUUUUUACAAAGCUACAACAAAAACUUCGAAACAACACUUCAGAAGCUGCUACUCUGACAAGUUCAUGGAAAAAAAAUGACUCAGCAGACACAGAAAAACAGACUUAAUUAUUCUUCCAAACAGUUUUCCUAGAUUUUUUGGUAAAGGAAAACAAACAUCUCAAGAAUCCAGAAUAAAAUUGCUCGUUGCCAGGGUUGCAGCUUUUUUGUAUCGUUUUCAGCUUUGGAUAAAGAAAUAUUUUGUAUCCAGUUUUAUUUUUGCUUAAAAAUCCAAUUUUUUUCUACAUAUUCGACAACAGAUGGACCUUCUCAUAUCUUUUGCAUACCGGUAUUUUUUACAUAUUUUUGACUUUCCAUACACCUUUACUCAGCAUAGCCUUAACAGCAAAAACUCAAUCAAUGAUGUGUUUGUGUUGCAGCUUUUCCAUACACAAAGUGUUUCUGCAUAUCUCUGUGCAAGAGGCAGGUACUGUCAGCCUUAUUCAUACAUAACCUAAAAAUGACUCUAAGUAUCAGGAAGAAUCAACAAAACUUGUACAGUUGUUACCGAAUUAUGUUUGCAGUCACAUUCAACUUGUGUUUGGGUGAUUGCCACUGAGCAGGACUCAGAACACAGCAAAUGGGAUCAUUGAAAACCUAAACUGCUGACAUGAGAGGUUACCAUCCAUCAAAUGAAUUUAUAGUUCAGCUAUAUGUACAGUACACUCAUCCCAAAAUGCGUCAUUUUAAAGUGAAAUAUUGUACAUUCGAAAUUUUAAACUGAUCCCUGUAUUUUUUUUGAGUCGAUGUCCAUGGUCUAAUUUUUGAGUAAUGCGUAGUUGGGCACAUUUGUAGCCAGGUGAAAUGUGUGAUA